UCUAUUUGUCUCACGACACAAAACGACACAAAACGUAUCCCACUGGUGAGUUUGUAUGCACUGCUUGACAGUGCCGCAUCAUGGACCUGUACAAAGCAGUGUUGCUAGGCGUCCUUUUCUCUGCAGUCAGUGCGGGUGUCCUGGAUGAAUAUGCAAAAACAGAGGGCGCCCGGAUUAUGUCUAUAUUGAAGAGGGAGUACUCAGUAGGCACGGUCCUAGAAUGUGCCAUCAAGUGUAACGCUGAAACAGCUUUCACUUGCAGGUCCUUUAUAUACAUUGAAAAGGAUCAAGAAUGUUUGACAAUACCAGCAAACACCAAAACAGAGCAUGUUCUGAGAAGAACCAGCACAGCUCUCUACGAAAAGAAAGUGUACUUGAUGGAGUGUGUGAAUGGAAUCGGUAUGGACUACAGAGGAACUAAGUCCAAAACAAAAUCAGGGAAGACAUGCCAGAGAUGGGCAUCAAAAUACCCCCAUAACCCCAACAUGACCCCUUCAACACACCCCAAUGCCGACCUGGAGUCCAACUUCUGUAGAAACCCAGAUGGCGACAGCAAAGGACCCUGGUGCUACACCAGAGACCCUGAGACCAGGUGGGAGACCUGCAACGUCCAGGACUGCAGCGCUUCUAAGCCUCCCACGGUGGUGGAGCUCACCUGUAGCACAGGUGACGGCGUUGCCUACAGGGGAACUGUUGCCGUGACAACGUCUGGGAAAGCCUGUCAGGCCUGGGCAGCUCAGACGCCCCAAAAGCACAACAGAACUCCAGACAACUACCCAUCCAACGGCCUGGACCUGAACUACUGCAGGAACCCAGACAAUGAGAGGAUGCCCUGGUGCUACACUACAGACCCAGAGACACGUUGGGAGUACUGCAAGGUGCCUAGCUGUGGAGACGUUCCUGGACCAGUCAGUGCGGGUGUCCUGGAUGAAUAUGCAAAAACAGAGGGCGCCCGGAUUAUGUCUAUAUUGAAGAGGGAGUACUCAGUAGGCACGGUCCUAGAAUGUGCCAUCAAGUGUAACGCUGAAACAGCUUUCACUUGCAGGUCCUUUAUAUACAUUGAAAAGGAUCAAGAAUGUUUGACAAUACCAGCAAACACCAAAACAGAGCAUGUUCUGAGAAGAACCAGCACAGCUCUCUACGAAAAGAAAGUGUACUUGAUGGAGUGUGUGAAUGGAAUCGGUAUGGACUACAGAGGAACUAAGUCCAAAACAAAAUCAGGGAAGACAUGCCAGAGAUGGGCAUCAAAAUACCCCCAUAACCCCAACAUGACCCCUUCAACACACCCCAAUGCCGACCUGGAGUCCAACUUCUGUAGAAACCCAGAUGGCGACAGCAAAGGACCCUGGUGCUACACCAGAGACCCUGAGACCAGGUGGGAGACCUGCAACGUCCAGGACUGCAGCGCUUCUAAGCCUCCCACGGUGGUGGAGCUCACCUGUAGCACAGGUGACGGCGUUGCCUACAGGGGAACUGUUGCCGUGACAACGUCUGGGAAAGCCUGUCAGGCCUGGGCAGCUCAGACGCCCCAAAAGCACAACAGAACUCCAGACAACUACCCAUCCAACGGCCUGGACCUGAACUACUGCAGGAACCCAGACAAUGAGAGGAUGCCCUGGUGCUACACUACAGACCCAGAGACACGUUGGGAGUACUGCAAGGUGCCUAGCUGUGGAGACGUUCCUGGACCAGCUUCUAAGCCUCCCACGGUGGUGGAGGAGCUCACCUGUAGCACAGGCGACGGCGUUGCCUACAGGGGAACUGUUGCCGUGACAACGUCUGGGAAAGCCUGUCAGGCCUGGGCAGCUCAGACGCCCCAAAAGCACAACAGAACUCCAGACAACUACCCAUCCAACGGCCUGGACCUGAACUACUGCAGGAACCCAGACAAUGAGAGGAUGCCCUGGUGCUACACUACAGACCCAGAGACACGUUGGGAGUACUGCAAGGUGCCUAGCUGUGGAGACGUUCCUGGACCAGCUUCUAAGCCUCCCACGGUGGUGGAGCUCACCUGUAGCACAGGUGACGGCGUUGCCUACAGGGGAACUGUUGCCGUGACAACGUCUGGGAAAGCCUGUCAGGCCUGGGCAGCUCAGACGCCCCAAAAGCACAACAGAACUCCAGACAACUACCCAUCCAACGGCCUGGACCUGAACUACUGCAGGAACCCAGACAAUGAGAGGAUGCCCUGGUGCUACACUACAGACCCAGAGACACGUUGGGAGUACUGCAAGGUGCCUAGCUGUGGAGACGUUCCUGGACCAGGUUCUGUCAUGUCCUCACAUGGUCAAUCCUAUCAUUGCUAUGCGGAUGACACUCAACUACUGUUCUCCUCCCCACCCCCCUUCUGACACCCAAGUGGCGACACACAUCUCUGUGUGCCUGGCAGAUAUCUCUUUUUGGUUGUUGGCCCACCACCUAAAGCUCAAACUCGACAAGACGGGGCUGCUCUUCCUCCCGGGCCUAACUGCUCAAAGACCUCUCCAUCACGGUUGGCAACUCCAGUGUCCCCCUCCCAGAAUGCAAAGAACCUUGGCGUGACCCUGCACAAUACCCUGUCGGUCUUUGCAAACAUCAAAGUAGUGAUUUGUUCAUGCUUUACAACAUCCGUAGAGUACGACCCUACCUCACACACAGGAAGCGGCACAGGUGCUAAUCCAGGCACAUGUCAUCUCUCGUUUGGACUACUGCAACUUGCUCUUGGCUGGGCUCCCCGUUUGUGCCAUAAAACUCCUGCAACUUAUCCAGAACGC